GUGACUUGCACUUCUUUGCACGACAUCCUCGAAGUAUUCCAAGGCCUGAAUCCUCAAGGUCUCAUACUAGAACAAUUCAUUUCCCAUCCAUCAUUAGCAGACAUGGUCGUCGCACACGUAGAGCAGAACACAUCUGCCACCAAAAACCGCCGAAGCAUGAGUAAGAAGAAAGCACGCACGGCUGCCAAUACCACACAAGUUGACGGCGACGAAGAGAUGUCUUCGGGGGUUAUUCCCCCUCUGAACUCAAAUCACACGGCCGAAGAUGACGAUUUGAUGAUCGAAGUUGACCCUACCGCCGCCCUAGAGGCAAGCUCAGCGCCCUCUUUUCCGGCCUUGCCAGCAUCUGCGACACAAUCUACUCUGAAAUCAGAGACGAGGCGGAUUCCAAUACCUCCGCAUCGCAUGACACCUAUAAAAAAGGACUGGAUAAAUAUUUUCAGUCCUCUCACCGAGAUCCUUGGGCUACAAGUGCGAAUGAAUAUUCAGAGACGGUGUUUGGAAAUUAGAACAUCAAAAGCUACCACAGAAAUCGGUGCUCUGCAGAAAGGAGCCGAUUUUGUGAAGGCAUAUGCUCUUGGAUUUGACGUCAACGACGCGAUAGCACUUCUACGAAUGGACGAUCUUUACCUCGACUCAUUCGAGAUUAAAGACGUAAAAACACUUCAUGGCGAUCAUCUUAGCAGAGCAAUCGGUCGCCGGACUCGUAUCGUGCUCGCCGACUACGUAAAUCUCUAUUCUCUUAUUUCGAAAAUCCACAUCAUGGGCUCCUUCCAAAACAUCAAAAUUGCGCGUGAUGCAAUUGUUUCUUUAAUCUUGGGUUCACCACCCGGAAAAGUUUAUGCAGGACUUAGGACUGUCAGCAGUCGUAUGAAGCAGCGGGCCCUGUAACUUUUUUGUGUAUAGACGGAUUUAUUAUCUUUGUUUUUCAUACUUCAUCAUGAUACAAAAACGUUGUGUACAAAUCUAUUGCUGGCAAUACAUAUUAAGCUCAAACGUCA